AUGGCCGACGAAACCAAGGAACAGCAGAAACCCAAGUCUCUUCCGAGCACCAAGACGCCCGAGCCACGGCUGGACCAGCAACUGCCAAACGGCCACGGCAACAUCACGCCCGACACUCCUGGUGUCUUUCCUUCUUUCGACUGGGAGGAUUUUGAGGCCCGUUAUGAGAAGGCUCUCGUCGACGCCGACGAGAAGGAGCGGGAGUUGUUGCAAGAGUUCGAAGGUCUUGUGAAGUACUUCAACGUCUGGGCAUCCACAUCCAGCGCCCACGACAACGACCGCGCCGUCAAGCGCCUUCACACAAGACAGAGAUUCGUCAACAUACAAGAAGAGAACAUGGCUCAGAAGCAGCGGCACAUGACGGAGGUCCUCCACGCAUUCCAGACCAACAUGGCCACUGUUUGCCCUGACCAGCCCCGGGCUCAGUUAGCCAUCCCAAACAUCAGCAAUGAUGAGUUGGUAUCAUUUUUCGAGUCGCACUUCUCCGACGCUGCCAUUCAAAAAUUCAGUACGGAUUUUCUGAGCCCUGAGAAGAACGCAGGCGCCACAGAUGCGAGUGUUUUGUACCAUGGUGACGUCGGCGAGGAAGACUACUACGAGGAAGAGGAGGAUGACCUCGGCUACUACCCUGACGGCGUGAAGCGCACGCUCACCGAUGAGCAGAUCGCUAUGUUCCGCCAUUCCGAAAUUGAGGCUUUGAGGAAAGAGGAGGAGAAGACCGCGGAGCGCCGCGCAGCUGCUCCUCAGCAAACGCUCGAAUCUGGCGAGGUCGGCGACCAUGUCGACACAAACGACACCGAGACAUAUCACCAGCCGUCCAAAACCAAGAACAAGAAAAAGCGGAAGGCUGGCAAAGCCAAAAACCAAGAACCGAAACCCGACCUGCGCAAACGAACCUGGGACGUCGUUGAAGCUGGUCUAGACUCGCUCGAUUACGACUGA